AUGGCGGCGGAAGGCUGCGAGGAGAUGAGCGGCAACGGGGAGCUCGAAGAGUCUUCAGCCAUGGAGGCUUCUGAGGAUCCUGCAGCGCCUCCCACUGAGAUGGCAGACUUGUCCGAGGAGAACGGCAGUCCCGCCGUGGCCCCUGAGGUCCCCGUAGCCCCCGACCCCGCCACCUUCUCGAUGCCCCCAGCUGCAGAGGACGAGGAAGGAGAACUGCCCGCAGACUUUGAGCGCCUGUGGAAAGCUGCCCACGACAAUCCUCAAGACUUCACCGGCUGGACUGACCUGCUGCAGUACUGCGAGCAAGAGGGUCACGUCACAGCGUCACGCAGAGCCUUAGAGGCUUUCCUUGUUCGAUACCCGCUCUGCUACGGCUACUGGAAGAAAUAUGCCGAUCUGGAGCGCCGCGCUGGAUACAACAACAAAGCAGAGGAGGUGUGUGUUCAGGGUCUGCAGGUGAUCCCUCUGAGUGUAGAUCUGUGGAUCCACUACAUCAAUCUGCUGCUGGGAACUCUGGACAUGAACCUGCCGGAGUCGCCCACACGGAUUCGCAGUGUGUUUGAGGAUGCGGUUUUGGCAGCAGGUCUGGACUUCCACUCAGACCGGCUUUGGGAUCUCUACGUGGAGUGGGAGAAGGAGCAGGGGAACAUGAAGAAUGCAACAUCCGUCCUGGACAGAGUCCUCAAAGUCCCCACCCAGCUCUACAACACCCACUACGAAAAGUUCAAGGAACACCUGAACGGCCACGAGCCCAAAGAGGUGCUUUCCACGGAGGAGUAUGAGGAGCUGAGGGCGCUGUGCCGUCAGAGUCAGAAGGCAGAGCGGGCCGAACAGGCCCAGGAGGAGGAGGAGGAGAGGCCGCCAGGGGAGGAAGAGCCCGCCACCCCAGAGGGCACAGACACGGAGGAGCUGAUGCAGAAGAUCAGGGAACAAGUUCUGAUUCACAGGGACAAAGUGUACCAGGACAACGAGGGAGAAGUCCGCAAGAGAUGGCACUUUGAAGAUGCUAUCAAACGUCCCUACUUCCACGUCAAGCCACUCGAUCGCCUCCAGCUGCGGUCCUGGCAUACCUACCUGGACUGGGAGACUGCUCAGCUGAACAAGGACACCAAAGACCCCCAAGACCCCCAACAAGAUCCAAACCAGGCAGCCACAGAGGUCUCAGAGGUCACAGCCCAGCCUCAGGAGGAAUCAGAGGAUGCGCCAGUUACUCAUGAUGACUACAGGGUCCGCAUCCUGUACGAGCGCUGUCUAAUCGCCUGCGCUCUGUACGAGGAGUUCUGGAUCAGGUACACUCAGUACCUGGAGGUGCAGAGUGUGGAUGAGGCGCGUGCUGUUUUCAAACGGGCCUGUGAGGUCCACCUGAUGUACAAACCCAACAUCCACAUGCAGUGGGCCACCUUCGAGGAGAGGCAUGGUGACUUAACUGAGGCCCGGCGAGUGCUGGAGGCCCUGGAGAAAACACUUCCAGGGUUGGCGGUGGUCCGUCUCCGCAGGGCGGCUUUAGAGAGGCGAGCGGGCCAGCUGGACCAAUCGGAGGCCCUGCUGCAGGAGGCGGUGGCUGAAUCCAAAGAGAAGCCCACGUUACACGCUUUUUAUUCCAUCAAGCUGGCUCGUCUGCUGCUGAAGCUGGGCAGGAACCCGAGCAGAGCCCGCAGAGUUUUACAGGAGGCGCUGGAGAUAAGUCCGGAUAACGAUAAGCUGCACCUGAACCUGUUGGAGCUGGAGGUGUCGGGCGACCCCUGGGCCUCCACUGAGGCGGUGCAGGAGUGUGUGACACGAGCGCUGGCAGCUCCCCUCGCCCCGCACACUAAGAUCCUCUUCUCACAGAGAGGCCUGCAGUUUGCAGAGGACUACAGCAACUCUAUCCAGAGCGUGCUGUCGGUCUAUGAGGAACACCAGAAACUGCUGAGGGAGCUCGGCGGAACCAAGAGAGGAGCAGAGAACGGAGAUGAGGACCCUGAGAAGCUGAGCAAAAGUGAGGACGGCUCUGCUGUCGCCGUGUCUGCACAAGUCCCACCUACCAUGCCGCACGUCCCCAUCACGACACCGCCUCCUCCUGUGAUGGGCACCGACGCCAGCUCACAGGCCGCAUACGGGGGAUACAGCAGCUGGUACCAGCAACCACAAUACGGCAGCUACGGCUACCAGAACACCUGGAACUACAACCAAGGCUACUAUCCUCCCAGCUAAAGGGGAAAAACAAUGAUUGUGACACCACAAAGCCCCCUGCAGAUGGUUUGAAUCAGGAUGGCCCCUCAGCUGAACAGCAAACUGAACCACCCAGUGCUGCCGGUCCACCUGCUAAAAUUAUAUCCCAGCAUCCUUUCCUCUCCGUCCUUCCUCCGAGUUACCUCACUGUCCUGGGUUUGUUUCAGCCAGAGGAAGGAGUUGAGCUCUUUUAGCAUGCCGUGUCAUUUCAGUGUCGAUUCUGAAGGACGGGUGGAAAGAUGAUGAAAGGAAAGAGUGAUGCUUCCAUUCUCAAUACAUCAGCAUCUUGCCAUUUUAAUCAGAACUAUUUUUGUAUUUGUUUGCAAGCCCAACCCCCUUUGCUCCUGUUUUAAAGUCAUCCAGUUUAUUCAACUUGACAGGUGAUGUAUGAUUGACAUUUUGUACCAUUCCAGAGUAGGCUAUUUGUUGUUUUUUCUAAUGUAUAUAAAGGUGUUUUAUAGUG